UCACUUUCAUGAUCGAACACAAUUUCAGAAGACAGAAUUUAUUUCUGAUGGCCUCAGUGAUUUCAAUAAUUAUUUGCUGAAAUAUCUUGAUAAAAAAUGAGACAAAAUUUUUUUCCGCUUAUUGAAAAGAAUAUCCCAGAGAAUUCAACUGUGAUUAAGAAUGUUGGAAACCUGAUAAAUUUGACUACGCAAACUUGCUGGAUGUGAUAUCCUGAAAGAAAAAUGGGUCAACGAUAAGUUUGUGUAACGCGAUCUUUCCUUAAUCAUAAAAUGUAUUUUAUAAAAACAAAACAAUUCAAGGAACAGUCAGGAUUUAACAACAAUUUACCAAUGCGGGUUUUAUUUCAGAUAUGCUUGAGUGUGAAAAGAUUGAAUUUAUUUUGAUUAUUUUGUGUGUUUCGUUUGUGCCUUCCAAUGUGUGUUUUGUUUUAUUUCUGAAAAGAAAUACUUCUAGUCAUCUUUGGAUGUUUGGCGAAUUCAAUACUAUUGAAAUGGAAAAUGCUUAUCUUCCGGAUGUUGCUCUUUUGUCAUCUCCCCCCACAUCUUCACUUCGAUCAGUCGGAUGCUUUAUGGGAUUUCAUUUCGUAGAAAAUUGGAGGACCCAAGAUGAGACUCUCCAAAACACAAACUUAAUGACUCCGACACUUUUCUUCGUCAUUUCCUCCUUCAUCUGAAAUAAAAUGAGGCCGAUAAAUGACGAUUUCUAUCGGCCCCAAAAAUAACGGAGAGAGGCUGAAGAGAAAAGAAAACAAAUAAUGUUCAGUUAUUGAAUAGCGCUUCUAAUAAGACACUUUUUCUGAUCACUCAAAUAAACUUUUUUUCUCUUCU